AUGUCUUCCGUCGACGACAAGCCUGCCCCCGAGCCCACGUCCGUGGCCGACCCCGAACCCACUGCGGCGCAGACGACCACCUUCGACGGCCCCGUCCCCCGCCCCGCCGGAUGGAUGUACCGCGGGUUCCGCGUCCGAGGCAAGGAGCUCUGGUAUGCGUCGCCCCGCAUCCAGCUCUUCAUGGUCUCCUUCGUCUGCUUCCUGUGCCCGGGCAUGUUCAACGCCUUGGGUGGUCUCGGUGGUGGUGGUCAGGUCUCGACCAAGGCCUCCAACGACGCCAACACGGCCCUGUACUCCACCUUCGCCGUCGCCGCCUUCUUCGCCGGUACCUUUGCCAACCGUCUCGGUCUCCGUCUGACUCUCAGUCUGGGCGGUCUCGGCUACUGCAUCUACGCCGCCUCAUUCCUGUCCUACUCUCACAACCAGAAUGAGGGUUUCGUCAUCUUUGCUGGCGCCUUCCUCGGCAUUUGCGCCGGUCUCCUGUGGACCGGCCAGGGUGCCAUCAUGAUGUCCUACCCGCCCGAGAAGGAGAAGGGACGCUACAUUUCGUGGUUCUGGAUGAUCUUCAACCUCGGUGCCGUCAUCGGCGCCCUCAUCCCCCUCGGCCAGAACAUCAACAAGACCUCGAGGAGCACCGUCACCGACGGCACCUACGCCGCCUUCAUCGUCCUCAUGUUCCUCGGCGCCGUGCUCGCCCUCUUCAUGUGUGACGUCCCCAAGAUCAUCCGCGAGGACGGCUCCAAGGUCAUCGUCAUGAAGAACCCUUCGUGGCAGUCCGAGUUCAAGGGCUUGUGGGAGACCCUGGCCCAGGACCCUUGGAUCGUCCUCCUCUUCCCCAUGUUCUUCACCUCCAAUGUCUUCUACACCUACCAGACCAACGACAUGAACGCCCCGCACUUCAACACUCGCACCCGUUCCCUCAACAACCUCCUGUACUGGUCCUCCCAGAUCUUGGGUGCCCUGAUCAUGGGCUACGCCCUCGACUUCCCCAAGGUGCGCCGCAGCGUGCGCGCCAAGGCCUCCUACAUUGUCCUCUUCGUCUUGACCAUGGUCAUCUGGGGCGGAGGCUACGCCUGGCAGAAGAAGCAGGCCCCGCGCAGCGAGAUCGACGGGAACCUCGACUACCCCACCAUCGACUGGACUGACGGCGGCGAGCUGUACAUUGGACCCAUGUUUCUGUACAUGUUCUACGGCUUCUUCGACGCCGUUUGGCAGACGAGCAUCUACUGGUACAUGGGUGCUCUCUCUAACUCCUCCCGCAAGGCCGCCAACCUGGCAGGUUUCUACAAGGGUAUCCAAUCCGCUGGUGCUGCCGUCUUCUGGCGUCUUGAUGGUCUCGGUACCGAAUACAACACCAUUUUCGGCGCCUCGUGGGGCUGCCUUGCCGGUGCGCUCGUCAUCGGCGCUCCCAUCAUCUUCCUUAAGAUUAAGGACACUGUCGACCUCGAGGAGGAUCUCAAGUUCUCGGACGAGACCGUUGCCGACGUUGUUGCGCCGGGCACUCUCGAUACCAAGCUCGACAAGGAGGUUGCGUAA